CGGCCUAGCGGCGGCUGCCGGACAGCGCCGUGAGCGGGACCGGGGGGCGGCGAGGAGUGCAGGGGCUGGGACCCUCCUCGGCCCGGCGGCCCCGAGACCCGCCCGCGGCCGAACAGCGGCGGGAAGAGUGAGCAGAGCCGAGGCGGGGGGCGUCGGUGCGGGGCCGAGUUCGGCCAGGGCAGCCUGGAGACCUGGGAGGUGAGAUCAGGGAGAGGAUCCAUGAAUCCACGUGAGACUUUAGCUUGAAGAUGGCAUCAUGCCUUUAUGAAUGCCUUUGUGAGGCAAAGCUUGAAAAAUACUAUCCCCUCUUUGCUGCCUUUGGUCUUCAGAAGAUUGAUGAGCUUGCCAAAGUCUCCAUGGAAGAUUUUACCAAACUGGGGAUCCAUGACAUGAGUGACCGCAAACGACUCUUUCAGCUCAUUAGAAUAAUCAACAUUAUGCAAGAGGCAGAUGUUGCAGGCGUAAGCGACCAAGAUUUUCAACCAAGUAGCCUUCUCAUUCAGCCGCAAUUGAACAGAUCAGGUCCCCGUAGGCAGCUACGUUUUGAGUCCUUUUUUGAAGAAAAUGAUAAAACUGUUAAAGAAUCUGAAUCAUAUGGUUCAUCCAAUUGCAGUGCCAAUGAAGAGAGGAAUGGUGUAGGGGAAACGCUGGGACACCUUCAGCCGCAUAUCUCAGAGCCAAACAGAUUAACUGGAAGAGAUCUAAAUAGUCCUGCAAUAUGCACAAAAACCGACUUGACCUGUCCAACAGUUUCUGAUGAUAUUGCUUCUCUCCUGGGAGAUUCUGAAGCUCCCAUCAUACAAAGAAUAACACAUAUUUCAGGGUAUAAUUACGGACUACCUCGUUCCCUUAUCAGGUCCAGUGCUUCUGAGAAAGAUACUCCAUGGACAGAGAGUGAGAAAAUCAGAGUGUGUGUCCGAAAACGUCCUCUAGGCCAGAGAGAGGAGCGACGUGGGGAGGUUAAUAUCAUCACAGUGAAAGACAAAGAAACCCUACUUCUCCACGAGAAGAAGGAGGCCGUUGAUCUUACCCAAUAUAUUUUACAGCAUGUUUUUUAUUUUGACGAAGUCUUUGGGGAGUCCUGUACCAAUCAGGAUGUGUAUAUGAAGACCGCUCAUCCUCUCAUUCAGCAUGUUUUUAACGGAGGCAAUGCAACCUGUUUUGCAUACGGGCAGACUGGUGCUGGGAAGACUUACACUAUGAUAGGUACUCAGCGGAACCCAGGACUCUACGCCUUGGCUGCAAAGGACAUCUUUAGUCACCUGGAAGCAUCACAGUCAAGGAAAGAUCUCCUUGUUUUGAUCAGUUUUUAUGAGAUCUACUGUGGACAGCUUUAUGACCUGCUAAAUGGAAGGAAAAGACUUUUUGCAAGAGAAGAUAGCAAGCAUAUUGUUCAGAUUGUUGGACUGCGGGAGGUUCAGGUGGACUCUGUCGAUCUGCUUUUGGAGGUGAUUUUGAAGGGGGGAAAAGAACGUAGUACAGGAGCUACUGGAGUCAACUCAGAUUCCUCUCGAUCUCAUGCUAUCAUCCAAAUCCAAAUUAAAGACACAGCCAACAGGACAUUUGGAAGGAUGUCAUUCAUUGACUUGGCUGGCAGUGAAAGAGCAGCUGAUGCCAGAGACUCGAAUCGGCAAACAAAAAUGGAAGGAGCAGAAAUAAACCAAAGUCUUUUAGCACUAAAGGAAUGCAUUCGAGCACUGGAUCAGGAACACGCGCAUACUCCUUUCCGGCAAAGUAAAUUGACUCAGGUGCUGAAGGAUUCUUUCAUUGGCAAUUCCAAGACGUGUAUGAUAGCCAACGUAUCGCCCAGCCACAUAGCUACAGAGCACACCCUGAACACGUUACGAUAUGCUGACAGGGUCAAAGAGCUGAAGAAAGGGAUCAAAUGUUCCACCCCUGUCACAAACAGGCAUCGGACAACUGGAACUGCAUCUCCAAAAUGUAUCCAAAACUCUCCCUCUUUGCCACCUGGGGAAAAGAGCUCACUGAAGAAAGUGAAGCUAGGCCUCCAGCAUCCCUCAAAUGCUACAAAAACAAAGGCAUGUCCUGCAGCACCCAUGCCCCCAAGUGUCCCUUUUACCUCUACCCCAAGGGGAAUCAGCAAAGGACAUGCCUACAAGGGAAAUCCCAGCGCAUCGUGGUUCCACCACGCUAGCCCAGUGAAGGGAGCCCUACGGAUAGCACAGGCCCUGAAGAAGAAAAGUGGUGAUCUGUCCCCCCACUCUGAAAAGAACCCCACUGCGAAGGAUAUAAUUAAAAAUGCAGAAACCACAGAGAAUGUCCAGAGGGAGAAGUAUUUGCAAGACAGGGCACCUCCCCAAUGCCUCAAAGUCCAGACAGUGCAACCUGUACAGAAACAGCUUGUUUCCAGAGACAAUUUUUCCUUCAGAGAUGGCAGUCUGCCUUCUGACGGCAGAGAGGAAUGGGGAAACACCUUUGCUAAACAGUGUGUUGAAACCUGGAGAAAUCUGCCUCUGUUUCAGAAGGAAAGGGAAGAACAUUUACGUCUUUAUCACCAGCAGUUUCAGCAGCCACCUAUUCUACUGAAAUUGAACUAUCAACCUCUUGAGAGGUUUUUAGCACAAUACAAGCCCCAGGAGAAUCAAGUAAAGCAAGAGCUGAGCCUUCCUCCCACAGAAGGGCGGAGCAAAGAGGGGAUGCAGCUGGAAGAGCUGGAUGACAGUGAUUUCAGUGAAGAUUCUUUCUCACCUGUCUGUAGUGAAAAGAGCGUGAAAAAAAGAAAUGCCAACAAAUGCAGUCAACAUUCUUUUUUCCUUCACCAAAAAGAACAAGGAACUGAGGAAGAGCAAAAAGGCCAAAACCGACAAGAUUUAUUUUUUAAAUAUUCACUGCCCAUGCGAGAACAUGAGCUGGAUGGCAGCUGGGAUUGUAGCGAGGGCAGCGGAAAGGCAGAGGAAUCUGUUAAAAAUGCAAGCUGCACCAAAACUCCAUCAGGCUGGAGCUACGACUUAGCCAUUGAGUCCUCUCCAAGCAAUACUGCAGAAAAGCCUUCCUGCCUGCAAGAAGAUCCUGCUUGUAACUGGCAAAAUGACAAAGGUGUCCUAGCUGAUCACAAACAGUACAAAUACAAACACGGGUGUCUCGUUUACUCCAGUGAAGUCACCUUAACUCCAGAAAAGGGUGCUUCAAACUCAUGUGUUUGUCCUGUAUCAAAACUGGGAACUGUGGAGUGCAAUGAGAUUGACCUCCAGCAUGAAGAGAAGGAAGAAUCCACUGCAGAUGGAGAAGCUGCCCUUGCAGGAGAUGUGAAGUGGAAAACUCAAAAAAAUGGAGUUACCCAUGCUGGGUCUUCCAGUUGUUCCUCAGAAUUCACUUCUGAGCAAACGACCACUUUCACAGUAUCCCUUCCUGACUACAAGGAAACAACUGAUACAGAUCAAGUGUUUUCUAACCAAGAGGAGUCCCCCCAUAUGAAGCAGGUGUCAGAGAGGAACAUGCCUCUCUCCCAGAGCAAGUCCGAGGAAGAGGCCUGGCAGUGUAUGAGAAGCAGAGCUCUGACGGAUAGCAUGCUGGAAGUGGGGAAGCAAAUGCGUUGUGGUGGAAGACACUGCGCCCUGCGGCAUUCCCCACAAACACGGGACGAGUGGGCUUCACCCACGGGCUGUGAUGUGAAGGCACGCUGCUGCCUUCUGGACUCACAGUCACCGCAGCAAGGAAUUACUCACUGUUUAUUUGGUGGAUGUGACCUGACAGAAACAUCCACAGGCUCCGAGGGAGGGACAGAGGGUGGUUUGUCCCUCAUUAACUCAGUGUGCAGAGAAUACUCGGAUGGCAGUCAGUGUGAUGCCAAUGUUAAAGAUAACACGGGUAAUUCAGGAAAGCCUAACUCAAAUCAAGGACCUGGUGUUGAGCCCGUGGCUCAGGAAAUAAAUGCCAGUACACCUGGAAAGAGCUGUUUUUCAGGUGCAUCAAGUUUUCUCAGUGUGGAGCAUACAGAUUACAGAGUCCAGUCUCCACCUCAAGACAGCAGCCAGCUGUUGCAGCCCAAGUCAGGACUCAAGAGCGAGGACUUCAGUCAUGCUGAAGACCCAGACAAGUCAUCAUUCAGCAAUGAGGAAACAGGGUUGCUAAAAAACAAGCUAAUGCAGAACAUUCUUACACAAGAGACUUUUGCUGCAGAUUCAGUAUUUGCCACCAAAGAGAAGAAGCCAUUAGCAAAUGCAAAGAGCCCCUCAGGCAUGUUCAGAAGCAGCUCUCCAAGUGCUACAUCAGAGAUGGGAAAAUGGCAGAGGGAAGCCCUAGAAAAGGCACAACAGGCUGUAAUUUGCGCCCAUCGUCAGCAGCUGGAAGAAAUGGCAUCUUUGUGCUUCAAGGAAGAGUGCUUGAUAAAUCAGAUGUCAGCAACAGACUUUCAGAAUUUCGUUACCAAGCUGGAUGAAGUGUUGGUACUGAAGUCGAAGUGUAUCCAAACAAUGCGUGCCCAGCUUCAGCUCUAUUUAGCUUCUCCCAGCACCGACGCAUCCCUGCAAACACUCUCCCCAGUUUAGACCUUUGCUUCCCCGUGCACAAGGAACAGCCAACAUUCCACCACACUCAGUGCUGCGGGGCGUGGGUGGCUAGGGGAUCACUUUUGGUUGAUGUUUGUGAUUAGUGUGCAUUUUAGAGAAGGAGGAAGAGAAAUCUGAGUAAAUGAGAGAUGACUAACUGGCACCUCAAGCUUUUGUAUUUCCUUAAUAUCAGUAAGCCAUGUUCUUAAGAAUAACAAUUCAGCAGCCUUUAAAUAUCUUGCCAAGCAGCAAGCAGUCCUAUCCACAGUAUGCAGAGCAGCUUCUCCCAUGUUAAACACACUCUGUGUUGCCAAGAAAAUGAAAGGGAAAGAGAAAACACUUUGAAGCCAGAGGCAGGUCUGAACAGAAAUGCUCAAAACGAUCCAGAAAAGUGUUUGCAAACAGGGGCCAGGAAAGAGUGGGGAGCCAUUGAUUAAGUACACUAACAUAAUGAGACUAUAUGUAAAUGGAUGUCAAGGCAGGGCGAGAAGUGCUGUCACUUCCAGAAGAAGGACUAUUGUUGUCACAUUUGCCCUUUGCUUGGAACUAACACUGCAGAGAUCCUGGAAGAGGUGGCCAAAGUCAUGGAUGACAAGUGCUUUAGUGGGGACUUUUUACUGAAAUCCAUCCAGUGUGGUAAUGAGUCUGCAGGUUUCAUCCUGCUCCAGCAGAGACAGGCUAGCAGACUACCGGCUGCAAAUGAUGUCUGAUUCCUGCUCUACGGCACAGCCACAGAGCACUCAUCAUUCACUGGCAGAGGCUGCCCAGGGAGGUGGUUGAGUCACCUUCCCUGGAGGUGUUUAAGGGGUGGAUGAGGUGCUGAGGGGCAUGGUUUAGGGAGUGUUAGGAAUGGUUGGACUUGAUGAUCCAGUGGGUCCCUUCCAACCUAGUGAUUCUAUGAUGCUAUGAUCUGGCUUGGGAGAACUGAUUUGUCACAUCAAAAGAGUCGAAGGUUAGAGGCAGUAGGAUUUUGAAAGCUGCUGACGGUGCUCUUGUGCGAAGCUGGUGUUUCAGUCAAGAACUACAGAAUGAUCAGCUGGAGUCCUGCAAAAGCUGCUGCAGGCAUCACGUCUAAGCCACAGAACAAGUAACUGUGAAGCCACAAGUUACCCUGAAACAUGCUCAGCUGAUAAUGUGUUGUGUGAGUGCUCCUACUCCAAAAUUAGGGCUGUCACAGCACAUUCAGCCAUCUCAGUGUCACCCCAGUAAUGCCUGUAGUAGUUUAAAGACUGCACAAUAGCCAGAAAUGCCAAGGGUAGGGGAACACGGCUGUUGGACCAGCUGUGAAUUCUACUGCCUGCUUUUAUGGCUACUGCACUGGUACUUGCAGUGGCACUCAGCCAUCUGGGCUGCAUAUGUGGUGCACAUGCUCCCAGGAAUGUUGCACAGUGUAGCCCUGGGGAAGUUGGGAACAAUAUUCCCAACUGUACGGGGAAGACCCGUAACAGCAAAGUCCUAUCAGCACCCUGACUGUUCGGGGUUUUGUAUCACUGGCUGGUCUCCACCUUGCAAUUGAGGCUGGAUCACUCUGUGGAAUGGAGUCCCUCCAGGGUUUGAGUUUAUGGCUCACAAGACAUCCAGGUUGCAGGCCAGUGGCAACUCACACCUGAGCCUGGGUUUCCCCACCCCCUCUUCUGAAGCCUUCCUCGCCCAAAGAAACAAGGCUUCCAGCAGCAAAGGCUCAUGGUGGCAGCACAGUUUUGGUGUUUGUCCUCAGUGCAAGAGCAGUCCUGGACAGCCAUCAGAGCAUUGCAGUAGGACCCCCUACUGCCGUGGUAGAACUGCGGGUGGAAGAGCAGGCAUUAAACGGAGCUUCACUUUAAAACGUGCAACUCCUAGAAAGCCUUCCACCUCCAGGGGCCAGGGAGAGCUUUGCCAUGUGUAAGCGCAGACCACAUGGCAGCUAGACAGUCCUCGUACCUUUGGAAUGCAUGAGCAGAUAUGAGCACUUUCAGGAGUUUUCCCCAGCACUUUCCCACUGAGCACACGGCAACCAGGGCGACUGGGGAGCUGCUGAGGAAUUCUGUAAUGUUUGGAGCCAAGGAAAAGGUUGGACUGGAAAAUGUAUGUAGAGGUCACAGGAAAAUGAGAUGCCCAGCCGGUAACACAGUGCUAGGGAGGAAAACUUUCCCUCCAUGUACUCCAACACCUGGGAGAUUGGUAUGGGCUGACAGAACUUAUAAAGUGCAACUCAGCAAGUGCCCUCCCACGUGCUUUCAGUGUCCAAUCCAAGCUGUCCACUGAGAAAGGAGCUCACAAGGAAGCACCACUCGCACAGCUGACAGAGCCACCUCACCUCAGUGUUUCUAGAGGCAGCUGUAACACAACAGAGGAAUGACCAAAACUAUCCAUGAGCAGAGGGGAUGGGAGUUACAUCAGCAGCCAAAUUUGAGCCACCUGUGAAUCCUGUCCCAGCUACUGAAAAAAAGGCAAGUCCAGCAGAUGUGAGCCCUAGUGCAAAUUCCCAGAGCAGGAACUAUACAAUCCCUGGAGGAAUAGCCAGGAACACUGAGAAACAAGAAAUAAACAAAAUGAGAAACACAGUUUUCUGAAGUCUGAUAAGCUGAAGGCAUCCAGCCAAUCCCCAGGACCAUUCCUUGUUAAAGGUAAGAUUUUAUUAUCAGUCUGUUCACAGAAUUUUAUUUUCCCUGCUGAAUAUGAAACUUGACUAAAAUAAAGAAAAAUCAAGCAGCCCUAGCUGUGAAAAUGUAUCUAUCCUUGACCAUAACAGGACUAUGGAUACGCUUGAAGUGCUGCACACCCAGCAGCUGCCAAAACUGGGCUUCUAGAUCGCGACAGGAAUUAACAAGGCUGCUAUCAAAAGCAGCAACAUUUUUCUCUCCAUUCAAGGUUAUGACCUAGGUGCUGCUUUAAUUCUUAUGACAAAAUGUGCUAAAAUGAGCAUUUUAAAGGUGUCACACAAAGCCACCCCCACCCCCCCACUGCUGGACAUUGCACUGACACUUGAUAUGAAUGGUUUGCAUUUUACCUUUGAGUGAAAGCGUUUGUCGUUACAACAGUCCCAGAGGCUAAGGGAAUGUACAGCCAUGUACAUUCCACGGCCAUGUACAAUCCAGUACACAGAACUGAAGCAGGCUCACUCUUGUAUUCAGCUGCAAUGAUGUCUGUUGCUGCUCAUGGCAGAUGCUUGCGAUUUUCUUUGAAUAACUGACAUUAUUUAAAAUAAAAUUCAAUUUACUACAGCACUCUGUUAAGAUUUGUUUUCAAGCAAAUAUGAAUGAAGCGCCCAUUUGUUUGAUUGCAAAAGAUUUAACUGCACUGGGAAUUGGUUCAAGAUCCCCUUCAUGCACAGCCUGUAGAAAAAGCGAGAAGCUUCUCCAGCCUCACAUGGCCGACUCAAAGAGCCGGCAGCAGCGCAUUGAGCCUGCACUCGGUCUUGCUGCACCACAGGCAGAGGCCGUAGGUCUCCCCAACAUGGAGAGCUUCAUGGCUACAUGGCACGUAGAAAAGCUGCUGCUGCAGGCUCCAGAGUCAGUGACCCACACCGCCCAGGCGUGCUCUGGCAGCAAAGCCACAAGAGGAGCCAUGAGACUGGCCAAAUGAAGCCUCUGGGCACGCUGCAGCCCUGGGACACCGAGGCAUCUCCACUUCCCACUGACAGAGAGCAGGAUCCCAGAAAAGUCACACUGUACACGACAGCAACCACAGCAGCACCGCUCAUCCCACCAGGCUUCAAGCAAUUACAGGCAGAGUGGGAGCCCUCGUCUGCUGUGUGGGUGACUGAUGGCACUUCAGUGCUACAGGCUGCUGGUGUCCAGAACCAUCAGGAGGCGGCUCGGGGCAUCUCUGGCUCCAAGCACAACCACCAGUUUGGCUCUGCCUCUCCACCGAGGCACACAGAGGCUAGUGCCCAACAGCAGCCGGCACAGGAAGGAAGACCAACCUCUGAUAAUGCCAAAACAAGACCAGGCACCAGGCGUAUCAAUCUGAGAACCUAAGGAAAAGCCCUAAGGUCUCAAGUGUGACCAGGAGAACAAGUCAUCUUCAGACCAGCCACCAGCAGGACCUCCUCCUGUCCAGGCCGAGCUCUGCUUGGAACUCAACAGGAGAGUGACAGAACCAGGGUAACCAGUAACGCAUGCUGCAACAACACUCAGAUCACAUCAUACUGUGUCUCUGGUUACACAUUUCUCCUGACAGCCUCUCCUCGGAGCCACCAGGUUAAUCCCCUCGUCCCACGGUCUUUCCUUCAGCCACCCAAUGAUGUAAAACCAGAAACAUCACUGCCAAAGGGAGAGCGAUGUCACCAUGGGAAGACACAG